AUGACUACAGAAUUAUACCCCAAUGAUUAUUUUGGUGACAUUAACAAGCACGAUAUCGUAAAAGAAACUGAAACUGAAUUGAAAUGGUUAAUUGAUGAAAUUGUCAAACCAGAAUUGCCUAAUAUUAUUGAUAAUGUAGAGAAAUGUUUAGAUAUGCUACAAAGUAACGAAGUUUUUAAAAUGCCCAUCACAAAUAACAAUGGUAAUAAUCUCCAAGGUAAAUCUAAUGCAAACAAUGGUCCUACAAUACGUGGUAUAAUAUCACGGCAAAACGAAUACAUAGUUGGUUUUCAAACUAUUGUAACUUUCCCAGAAUUUAAUAAGGGAAAACCGAUAAUCCUAAAAAUGGAACCAGAAGCAUCAAAAUUUAAGCUUCCUCAAUUAGUAACGACCAAAGAUAAUUUAUCAGAUCUUUUACACACACUAGAAGAUAGCGAAAUAAUUUCAGAUUCUUCAAGUUUCAUUUCUAAUAUGGAUAAAUCUUUGAAACUAUUAGCACAAUCAAUAAGCUUGUUAGAAACUCCACCAAGGAAUUUAAUAUUCCCGGAGAUCGGUAAUAAUGUAAUUAAAGAGUUAUUUCCAUCAAACCAUUCCUCACUUUUUGAGACCCCACAUCAUGAGAUUAGUCUAGAAUUGGUCUUAAUAAAAAAUGAACUAUAUAUUGACUUCAGGAACUUGGUAAAAGUGGUAAAAGUUCCAUGGUGCAAAGUCGAUCCAAACACUAGUCUAUCUUUUGUUGAUAAUAUUAAGGAGGAAUUAAAAGUAGACAGGAGGAAAAAUUUGAAAGACGUUUUGAUUUCAAGAGGCCUACAGGUUGAAGAAUCAAAUCUGUUUAACAAUUUACUUAUAUCAGCAUUCAAUACCGAAAAGACAACUUUAUCGGAAGCACGUAAUUUUUUGAGUAGAUGCAUAACAUUCAACAAUAAAGUAGUCAUAGAAGGUGAAAAAAUUGUGGCUACGACAAGUGAUCCAUCGCUUAUAAGUUUGAGUUCCAAAUUACAUAGUCUGGAAAGUACAAUAGGCAAUCUUUACACUAAUCUAAACACAUAUACACCGACCACGCAUAAUAAUGUAACGAAAUAA